CAUUCCACUGAAUGAAUUCAGGGAAGAGAGAAAAAGUAACAGAUGGAACUGAUGGGGAUUUUAUAGAGAAAAAACUUCUCAACUCAGCCUAAUUUUGCUUAAAGACUACAAUUAUUUGAUACUUUGUGAAAGAUACAGAUUUUUACAAGAUGGCAAUGGUCAAUAUAGGAAUUUUGGAGCAGAAAUCGUCACUGAGGCUAUAGACAAGGACAGAAAGCAGCUGUGGAAUUUUGACAUUGCAUCACACUGAAAUUAUAUCACUACAGAUAGAAAGGAAGGAUCGCAUGACCUAUAGUUAUACUGGAUACUAAACGGUUAAAAAUUUUUAAUUGACGAAUUCUUCAAUAAUCACAGAAAACAAUUCUUUCUCUUAGCUUCAAGACGUGUGUUUACCUCUCAACUUUUGGCCCAGUUUCGUUGCGUUUGAACAUUUUCUUCAUCUAUCUUAUAAAGCUUAAGCUUAUUUGAUUUUAUUAUUGGAUUUUUCAUUAGCCUUGAGUUUUGGAUAUUUCGGAAUUCACUUAUAAACUGAAGCUUUACAAUACUUAUUAAUUUGAUACCAUGGAAUUGAAUGAUUUGGAUGUAUUUUCAAAGUGGGUUUCAAAAGACACCGAUAAAAAAGGUUAUGACAGAACCACAAAAGUACAAAAUAAUGAAGAAGCUUUCGUUAGUGCAUUUCGAAAGUGGGCAGAACGUCCAAAUAUGCUUGAAACGAAACUAAAAAAGAUGGUGCGUCAAGGUGUUCCUCCAAAGUGCAGGGCAGAUUUGUGGAGAGUUGGAAGUGGUGGGGAUACAAAGCUACAAAAGCAUCCCAAUUAUUUCCAAGAAACCAUCAAUGAAAUGGGCAUACAGAUCCCAAGCCAGUUACCAGACAACAUGUUUGACAGUCAACAAACCAGCCCAAAUUAUUAUCUCUUGAGUCCGUCUGGAAGAAAAAAACUAUUGGAUAUAUUAUACGUCAUGACCCAAGUCCAUCCUGACAUACAAUUCUGUCCAUUACUCCCUUCCAUCGCCGCUCUAUUUCUACACAUAAUGGAUGAAGAUGGGUGCUAUUGUUGUUUAGCUGCGAUGCUGGAAGAGAACAGGGUCCCAUUUUUUGACCAGAGUCAAAGAGCAGUAGCUGCAAUGGCAAAGACAUUCCAGGAUUGUUUGAAACAGUUUAUGAAAAGUUCGUAUGUCCAGUUGAAAAUGGUUGUGUCUGCGUCGAGUGAAGUGGAAGUAACAAAAGCAACCAUUCUCUUUCCUCACUGGUUGACGUGGCUCUUCAAAUACCUUAACAUCUGGACCCUUGUGUAUACAGUGGAUAACUUCAUGAUACAAGGACCAAAAGUAAUUGUAAGAGUCGGAUUAGUUGUGUUCRACAAAUUCAGCAAGUGGCUGGCUUUUAAACAAAUUACAAGUGGAGAUAUUGAAGCUCUGUUCAGUCAUUUUAUGAAAGAGUUGCCUUUAAAAGAUUACAGAUUAUUAGAGGCAGCCUUCAAGAUUCGUGGCUUAGCAAAGAAAAAAUUGACAAAGUUGAAAAACAAGAAUUUACAGCUGUUGGAUGAUGGGAAAUUAGAGGUCCCUUUUGAUACAGCACCAGUUAAAAUAACCACCCUAUACAGCAUCCAAGGCUCUGAUAUGCUUUCAGCCACUCAGUGGGAAAAGCUUGCAUCCUGGUUACCUGAAAAAAUCCAGAUUCGACAUCCAUUCUGCUUAUUUUCAACCCAAACUGAUGGCUGUAGUAUUCGGACUCUGUACAACAAGUGUGAGAAUGAAACUGAAACAAUCAUGUUGAUCAAGACAAGCAAGGGUGAAAUUUUUGGAGCCUACUGCAGCACAUCUUGGAGUGAAAGAAAUGAGGCUCCCAAAAGUCUAACAUAUUUUGGUACAGGUGAAAUGUUUGUUUUCAGUCUCUACCCAACACCUAUCAAGUAUUGCUGGAAUGGCCUUGAGGAAGAUGGAGAAAACAUCAAUGAAUAUUUUAUGGCUGGAGACAACAAUUGUCUUAUGAUAGGUGGAGGGGGGGACAAUGCAAUAUGGCUUGAUGCUGAACUAAGUCAUGGCCACAGUGGAUCAAGCAAGACAUUUAGAAAUCAUCCUCUUGCAAGUGGAAAAGAUUUUGAUUGUGUUAGAGUGGAAGUCCUAGCUUUUGAGAGUUAAAGAAACUAUAGCGAAGUAAAAUAAAAUUAACCAAAUGGGCAAAAUAAAUUUAACACUUGUGGGUUCAAAAUUUGUAAUUCCCCUUUUUUAUGGCAACUGAAAGAUUUUCAAGAUAUUAUAUUCAAAUUAUACUUUUAAUAUAGUUCUUGUAAUUAGUGCUCAGAACUCUUGCUAUGAGCGCUCUAUAAAUAUUUAAUUAUUAUUGUUAUUAGUUAUUAUGUAAAGCAUGCAAUUAUUUCUUUAGUAUUUUUUCCCUUUUUUUAUACUUUGAUUUAAAGGGAAUUGUGUCAUUUCUUGUUUUGCAUA